AUGAGUAUCUUCAAUGAAACAAUCACUUCUUUAGAGACAAAAGUAAAGCUAAGGAAUAAUAUAAAUGAUGAACUUGUAAAUGUGACAUUGUACAAGCAAAUAAUUGGAUCUAUAAUAUAUCUAUGCAAUAUCAUACCUGAUAUCUAUCAAAGUGUUACAUUGUUGAGUAGGUUUAUGGAGAGGCCACAAGAAUCUAAUGGCAAAGUAGUGACAAGGGUGUUCCAGUACAUUAAGGGAACAAUUGAUCAUGGUGUGUUAAUUCCAAGACUGAAAACCAGUCUCGAUAGAGCUGAAGUGCAUGUCUAUGUAGAUUCUGAUUUUAAUAGAGAUCAAGACAAAAGGAAAAGUACUGCAGGCUACAUAUUCAUGUUUGGUGGAGCACCAAUCUCUUGGAGCUCGAGGAAGCAAGGGAUAAUGGUUUUAUCAUCAUGUGAAGCGCAGUAUGUGGUGGCAUCCUAUGCAGAUUGUCAACCCCUGUGGAUUAAAAUGUUGUUGGGAGAACUGAAAGUGAUUGGGCCGAAGAAGAUGAAGUUGUUUGUAGAUAACAAGUUUAUUAUCGACUUAUCCGACCAUCAUAUGUGCCAUGAAAAGAGCAAGCACAUCAAAAGGAGUUACGUUUUAUGA